CCUGCGUCUGCCAGUCCCGCCACGGAUUCAUUUGGGAUCCUCAAACAGGCGAGCCCCGUGGAGACGAGGGAUCAAGACAGCGGAUUAGAACCAAUUGCCUGCUUCGGGGACAGCCAGCCCUUCCAGGCCUGGUGACUGGGGAGGGAGGGGAGCGCCGCCGCCGUGGGAAGACACCCGAAGCUAGAGCGACACUCUCCCCGCUGCACCCCCACCCCCUGCCCCCCUCCACCUGGCAGCGCAGGCUUUUGAAAACUGUCCAUCUGAAUGGAAACUCGGAACCGCCGGGCGGCGUGUUCCUUCUCGCCCAGCCUUGCGAUCCAUGCCGAGCGGAAAGCGGUGCGAGCCCGCGCCAGCGCCCAGCUCCCGGGACAGGGCCGGCAGUGUUGCUGAGCAGAACUUGACCGAGCCCCUUCCUCGCUUCUAGUGGAAGCGAUGCUGCACGGCACAGCCAGCGCUUCCCCGGCUCUCCUUCAAGCUGAAGGUUACCCACCCGCGCAGUCAGCCCCAACCCUGUGAGCGCCGCGCCUCGAGUCCCAGCUCCGGCUGCUCGGCGGCGGCUCGCAGGGCAACGACCGGGCCGCCCGCGCCGGGGCGCACUGCACCAGCGGCUUCGGCUUGGUGGAUGUGUAUGCAUGAGUUCUGCACCGAAUGGGCGCAAAAAGCGCCCCAGCCGGUCCACCCGCUCCUCAAUCUUCCAGAUCAGCAAGCCCCCGCUGCAGAGCGGGGACUGGGAUCGCAGGGGCAGCGGCUCCGAGAGCGCCCACAAAAGCCAACGAGCCCUGGACGAUUGCAAGAUGCUUGUGCAAGAGUUCAACACGCAAGUGGCCGUGUACCGAGAACUGGUCAUUUCCAUUGGGGAUGUCUCGGUCAGCUGCCCCUCUCUCCGAGCGGAAAUGCACAAGACAAGAACCAAAGGCUGUGAAAUGGCCCGCCAGGCACACCAAAAACUUGCUGCCAUCUCCGGCCCAGAAGAUGGUGAGAUCCAUCCAGAAAUCUGUCGGCUCUACAUUCAGCUGCAAUGCUGCUUAGAAAUGUACACAACAGAAAUGCUAAAAUCUAUAUGCCUGCUGGGGUCUCUUCAAUUUCAUCGAAAAGGAAAGGAGCCUGGAGGGGGAAGCAAGAGCCUGGAUUGCAAAAUUGAGGAGUGUGCUGAAACACCUGCUCUCGAGGACUCCUCGCCAUCCCCUGUAGAUAUUCAGCAACAUUCCUGGCAGGUUUCCACAGACAUUGAGAACACUGAGAGAGACAUGCGAGAAAUGAAAAACCUUUUAAGCAAACUCAGGGAAACUAUGCCUUUACCACUGAAAAAUCAAGAUGACAGCAGCCUUCUAAAUCUAACUCCCUACCCCCUGGUUAGAAGACGGAAGAGAAGGUUCUUUGGGCUGUGCUGUCUCGUCUCAAGCUAGGCGAUUCCUCCCGGAAGCCACCACUGGGAAGACCUGAAAAUAUCACUGAACCCGAGGACCUCCAGACAGCUGAACCACAGUCAUUGGCUUUUGACUAUGUUUUCUAAGCUUCCUUAUUACUUUUAUCCACCUCUCGCAGGCCUUUGAAAUGAUUUUACAUUUGAAAGCAGCUGCUGUCAAGGAAAAAAAAAAAAAAAACCAGAUUCAAAAAGCAGUCUGUUUUUAAAAGGAUUUUUAAAGCUGACAUUGCACAUGUCUGCUCCAAACCACACCAUGACAGAUGCAAGAAUUAUGAUUUUUAAAUUAUUUAAAGAAUUUUUAAGUGUAUUAUACAGAGAAAAAUUAUUUCAUGUAUAAUAGUAUAUCUGUAGCUCUUGCUGAUCUAUGUAAACAACUGAUCACAUAUGAGAGUCUUUAAACAUAGAAAUCUAUUUAAAACUGCAAAACUGUUCAAAAUCCAACCAAUAUUAGAAAUAAUAUUAUAAUCAAAUAUAUACCACCUCAACCUAUUGCUUUCUCUGCACUCAUUUAUGUUUAGUCUUCCAUUCUGUCAGACUAAGAGCUUCAACAGAAAAAUGUCUUAAUUUACAAUGCAACAAAAACCGUAUAUGAAAAGUAUUUAAAUUUUGUAAAUACACAAUAAUCCUAAUUCUUUAAUACAGUGCAUAUGGGCAACUAAUUUCCUUUCGAUCCAAUGGUGUCUUUUUCAGCUUCUUGGAGAAUGAAGUAAUCCAGUUAGGAAAUGGUGUAGUAACAUAUACAAUUACCCUCCAAUGUAAAAUUGAAUAUUAUCACAUUUUGUUCUAAUUGAAAUUGAAGCAUGAUGUCUGCAUUAUCAGCAUAGUGUUAAAUCUUAUAGGGCAUGCUGGAUUUAGCUCAGAUCGUAAAAAUACUUAACAUUUUACAUUGUUAAUAAAAUCUUUUUAGUUAA